CUUCGCACACAUUCCGCCCCCUGAUAUCAGUAAUAUUUCAUCAAUCAUGGUCCUCGAUCCCAACGUCGCACAGACAAAAGCAUUCUUUCAGAAGCUCGGCGACGAAAUCCUCCAAAACAACGAGGAUGGCCCGCCCCUUCACAUCACCAUCACCAAAGGCGACAUCCUGAAAGCCAACAUCCGCAUCGGCAGACCACAGUCCGACCCUGUUGAUGAAUCAGAUGGCUCCGAGAAAGAUGGCACGGACGAGGCUGAUAGCGAUGAACAAGGCGCCACUGACGCCGUCGGGAAGGAUCAGGAGAACGGCGGCAAGAAACCCAAGAAGGCGAAGAAGAAGACAAAAAAGCGCCAAAAAGCCCCACCCGCUCGAGACUUUCACAUGAAAGUGACCACCGGGCGUGUCAGCAAGAGAUUCGACAGACCGACCCAAGCCCACCCGCCGCGAGGCCUGAAGAACUUUGGCAACACGUGCUAUCAGAACGCCUUGUAUCAAUGCCUCAUUCACCUUCCGGAGUUCAACGAGUAUAUACUCAAUCACAGCUGCAACGAGAAAACAGACCCGUGCGUCGCCUGUGCCUUGCGCUCCCUCGUGACCGCCUAUUGGCAUGGGAACGGCCUCAGAGGCAUGACCGGGCCGGAAACACAGGCCAAGGAUUUGUACGAGGCCGUCAGAACGGCCCUUCCACAGGAGACCGCGGCAAACGCCAAACUACUCGGCAAGGUUCGCCCGAACAAGGAGCAGGCGUUGGAAAAGAGUCGGCUUGCUGGCUUACCCGAUGCGCUGUUUCACGUAGACAUGUGGAACAGAAGGCAAUGCGACCCCUUCGAGUUCUUCCAACACCUCCUACGCGAGCUCGACAAUUCAGAGCUCGACCCCGUUGCCUCCACCUUCAACACCGCCCUCAACAUCACCGGCAACCGAGUGUGGACCUGCGACGACUGCAAAACCGUCACUUCCACCGCCAUCCAGUCCUCAGAAAUGGGCCACGGAAUCGGCAUAGCCGUCAACCUGCGCCAACCCAAGCCCAACCUUGACCUCACCGCGUACCUGCGCGGCAACGCUUUCGUGGACCCCGACGAGCUCACCAUCCGCUGCGAGAGCGCGUACUGCAGCGAGCAUUUCCCCAAGUACGAUCCGAAGGAAAUGCACCUGCCCGAGAAGGAGAGGAAAGUGAACGAAGGCAAGCCGCGCAAGCGCACCAAAGUCGUUACCCACUUUCCGGAAGUGCUCGUUAUCCGCCUGCAGCGGUACGAGUUGGAGAAGAACACGCGCAAAGGCACGCAGGAGGAAGUGAAAGUGUCGAACCACGUGGACUUCGACGAGUACAUCAACCUCGGCGAGUUUGCGCCGGCUCCUGCUGGUGACGACGACGACAAGGACGAGGAACAGGAGCCCGUCAUGUAUAAGUUGCAGGGCGUUGUUGCUCAUUACGGCGACACGCUGAAGGCUGGACAUUAUGUUGCUGCUGUUCGGCACGCGGACGGGCGCAACUUUUCGAUUGUGAAUGAUGACAAGAGCGUCCGACAGAAUAAUGGGGGUACGGCGCAGGAGGCGCGGUGGCCGAGCACGACAGACGGUGUCGGCAAGAAUAGUACGGAGCUAUUUGAUCCGUAUUUGUUGUUUUACUCCAAGCUGUAGCCUGAUGCAUAGAUAGGUGAAUAGACGAUCAGGAGAGCUGAAAGAAGCAGAUAUAGAUCAAAAGGGUAUC